CCUUCAAGGGAAACAUUCUAAAUCAAAAUGUCAGCCUCCUUGAGACACACUUUAUUUCUCGGUUUUCAACGAAAUAGAUUUAUUGAAAAGUAUACAUGUUGCAUACAAAAUUUCCUUAUUAACAUGUCACAUUUAAAAAUGUAUUCAACAGAUUCACCUGGAAAUAUUGUGACAAAACACACAAAAGUGAGCCCUGAAGUGGCGACUCUGUUAGAACAGAAUGGUACAACUAAAAGUGGAGAACUGAGAUACAGAAGUCACCCUGGCACCAUCAGAAGGAACAGAUCUCAGUUACCGUCUCGUUUGAUAAAAGCAAUCAAAAUUUUAUUAGAAAAAUAUCCAGUCAAGUCUAUGGAAGCUGAAACAGAGAAACUCAAUCAUUACCUUCAGCACAGACAGAUCCCAGUCAGUGACAGAGAGUUAACGGAGAAAGCCAGAGAGAUUGAGGCAAAGAUUGUAGCAAAAGAGGGAGAAAUUCCAGAUGACUUGCAUGGUUUGGAACUGGAAAAUGCUAGAGAUGCCAUGAAAAAAAAAGUUUUUACUAGGUUAAAAAAAAUUGUUUACCAUUGGAAACCAAUUCAAUAUGAUGCUUUUUCCUCGUACAUAUAUUUACUUGGCUGUAUGGCUAUAGACUACUCAAUAUUGUUGCAGUGUUUUACUGAGAUUUCUAAACGUGAUUCAAACUUCAAGCCCAUGUCUGUUUAUAAUUUUGGUUCCAAAGUCGGAGCAGCCAUCUGGGCUGCAGAUAAAUUGUGGGGGGCUAUUGGGGAAUACUACUGUGUUGAUAACUCUGUCCAUAUGAACACAAUAGCACAACUUUUGUUACAAGAUGCUAACGAACAAAGUCAAGUGUUCAGUAUAAAAGGUGUUCACUUUAGACUGAAUGAGCCUAGCCCUAAGAAUAAUAAAUUCUCCCUAGUGGUGAGUGCCAACAUGCUGAUAGAGAAGCCAACGUACCAAGACAGACUACAACUAGUACACAACCUUUGGGAGAUGGCUGAUAAUUACUUGGUACUAGUAGAAAAUGGAACAGGUGCUGGUUUCACACUUAUUAAUGAGGCUAGAGACUAUCUGACACAGGUUUUCACUGACCCUUCAGAAGAGAAAUUACACGGACAUAUAUUUGCUCCAUGUCCCCACAACAAACCAUGUCCAAGAGUAUCCCAAAACACACAUUGUUUCACCGAGUGUAUAGUGAAUGAACCAAUCUGGACUUCUGUCACAGAUAAAGAAAAACCCAGACAAUUAACCAAGUACAGUUAUCUCAUUGUUAAAAAAGGAGCCAGAAAUAAAGCUGAGUGCUAUCCUCGUGUACUCCAAGAGAACAGAGCUCACAAACACACUCACCUUCACUUGUGUCUUCCAUGCGGGCAACUGCAGCGCACCGUUGUAAAUAAAAAUAAAUUUGACAGACAUGUCUUUGGUUGUGCCCGUUCUGUGGCGUGUGGUGAUCUCCUGCCAGUGGUUCUAUCUGAUGAAGCAUCUCCAAUAGAAAAUCAGGAAAUUAGUGAACAUUCUGAUGAGCAUCAUGCCAGUGAUGACACUUGUACUAAAGCCAAAGAAAGUGAUGUGCCUGAAGCAUGUCAUUGAACUCUUGUAAUAGAAUGUGUGAUAUCUGGAACAUUGGGGGAAAAAAACUGUAGUAUACAAUUAUAUCUUUUAUAAUACCCCA